CUCAGCCUGAGCCAAGCCUGAGCAACGCCAUGAAUGCGAUCUGAAGAUCCCAGGAUUUGACUUUUCGCAUUCUCACUCGCAGCGAACUUUCCGAUCAAUGGAUUCAAGUUAGAAUGGUGAUGUGGUCGUUCUUGACAGUGCGACGGUCGAGCUUGAUACUUUUUCUGCUGUGCAAUCGCCAGUGAUGCUGUAUCAUUGGGAGUGCUGACCGCAAUUACUGAAACACUGAAUAUGCUUUGGCAGAAUGCUGUCUAUUUGACGGUCACACCAUAGAUUUAACCUGAUUUCAUGGUUCUCUAUAGUGCGCGGCUAUUUAGCGGGCAGUUUUCUCAUGCACAUCGGUUAUAAUCCAGAGGAGUGGCAUUAUCCCUGCGCUUUCUGCUGCGUAGUUAUGGGUACCCCUUACAACUUCACCAUUUCAGACACCAGUUCUAUUCUGAGCUUCACACCCUAUGGCGAUGGCAAUCUAACCAGUGGCUGGCAACAGUAUUUCUCUGCAUCUGGCGAUGGUCUUCAUCCAGCAUGUGGGGAUGCUGGUAUCGGAGAAUCAAAACACUAUACGGCAUAUAAUGGCGCGAGCAUGGCGCUCGACUUUGUGGGAACGGCUGUCUAUGUGUACGGCAGUUCUAACAACACAUAUCAGGUCAGCUUGGAUAGUGACCCAACGACCCACGUUCCCCCAUCUUCCGAUCUACUGUUUUUCCAAGAGAACCUUCCACGUGUCAAACAUUCUCUCAAUCUGACCGUGUUAGCCUCGGAGGGUCGGCAAUUACAUUUUGAUGGAGCAAUGAUUACAGACGCUCCGCCGAAGGGAACAGGCGCUCCAAGCCCAACGGUUAUUGACAAUAGCAAUACCACGGUGCUUAGCUACGCCGGGAGUUGGCAGAAUACCACCGACAGAAAUGUGCCAACAAGAGACAACCCACAACCAUUUCAUUACACCUUGUCGUCCGGAUCAUCUGUUUCCAUAAACUUCACCGAAUGUAUGGCCAUCUCUCUAAACGGCUCCAGAAAUUGCGGUCAUGGAAGGUACUCUGUGAAACUGAGUGACUUCAAUGACGGUUACGAAUACAACUAUGAGUAUAACGCCAGCACGUUUUGGGUCAUAGGUGAUACUUUGAAGUUCUACCAAGCUGGUCUGGACCCAAUGAGGCAGUACCAGUUGCAGAUCACAAAUCUGGACGAUCUCAAAUUUACUUUGAAUUAUGUCACACUAUAUCAACUUGGCAAUGAUACUGCUGCCAGUGUACCUACGAGCACUCAUAUGCGUUCUAAAGGCAGUUUAUGUAUCGGUAUCAUCGUUGGUCCCGUAGUCGCAGUUGCUGUGAUCAUUCUGCUCUCCGUUUUUCUGUGGCUGAGGCGACGAAAAUGUCGGUCUCGCCAUCGGAUAUCUCUGGGCGGCGUUGUGCCAUUUCCAACAACUCAAGUGCCCGGCGAUGGAAUGAGACAACCCUCCGGAUUCGCCGGCAUGACAGCUUCAGGAAGACAAGCUCACCAAAAGCAUUUUAUCGAUGCGAACGCGAUAGGCGAAGAUCGCCACGCACCAGAAGAUCCCCAGCCCGAUGAACCCAGGCCUUCUCGUGAGGAGGACCUGACCCCACCAACCCGUUCAAAUCUGGCUGAUUGCCCUUUACCAUCAAUGUCUUCACCACCGGUGGACGUGAACCGGAUCAUAGAGCUCAUCGCGCAACGUAUCGACCGACCGCCGGACUCACACCCACUGCCUCCUCCUACUCUUUCCGUUCCUCCACCACGGUAUCCAAAGUGGUGAACGAUGACCAUAUAGAAGAUCACUUUGAUAGUGGCUAUUAUACCUUGCUCUGUCCAUGGCGGGCAAAUAUCUACGAUCAUCAUCCGAAUUAAAUUCGACUAGUGGAAGCGUCACUUCGUUGCAAUCCUGGCGGCGGGAGAACAAAGUCUUCUUCGUAUCGCACCGACCAGUCCUCUACUGAUCACUGGAGCCAACCGUGCUUAUGCACACGUGCAAGAGCUUUGUGCACCACUGAGCUGUGCUUACUUCAGAGGACUUCAGAGGACCUGUCAUCGCUCAGCUUGCUUAUUGAGAUGUCUUUAUGACAUCUUUUCGUCCCUAAUGAAGUUCAGAAUAGGUGCAUC